CUCGGUCACUGGACUUGAUUUGACUUCUGAUCGCAACCUUCCAAUCCAAUCUCAAACUUAUCUCUUUCCUCAUCAGCCCAGCCCAAAACGUUACCUUGUAUCUUCCAACUUUACACCAAAUCACGAAUUAUAACCUCGCGAUUACCACAGACUCAUCAGCCUCAUUGCGCCUCAAAGUCAUCGACACUUGCACUUGCGCGUCAGUCAGAACUGCCGAGCAACCACCAUCUUCACAAUCUUUAUCGAGCAUUAUCGAUAACAUCCCGCGCGCUUCUCCCUAUCGAUUACCCUACCCUACCUUACCUCAGCCCUGUAUCGUUUUGCAGGCAAUUGUCACCAUGGAGGAGGACGGGGCGCAACUUCUGCAGCAGACAGGACUUGAUCCUAUUUCUCGACCAGAUUCUACUUCGACUUCUGCAUCAGCUUCAUUGCCACACGUAUUACCAGGCAUUUCGGCUCUUGCUGCUGCCAACGCGGCUACAGAAGCAACAUCUCAACUAAGAGCAUCGGCCGCUCCGUCGCCCGCAAUGUAUGCCACUGCAUCUCCUGCCGCUACGAGUGGGGGAUCUGGAAGUACAAUGCCUACCUGCCAAAAUUGCAGUACCUCUACAACGCCAUUAUGGCGUCGCGACGAAUUUGGCUCGGUUCUGUGCAAUGCCUGUGGCUUGUUCCUCAAGCUGCAUGGUAGACCCCGGCCAAUUUCGCUCAAGACAGACGUGAUCAAGAGUCGCAAUCGAGUCAAGACAAUGCGCCCUGACUUGGCGAAUAAGAAAAAGCAACAACAACAGCAGCAACAAGCAGCUGCGCAAGGAUUCCCUACGACCGAUGCAAAUGGAUUCGACACGACCGGACAGGCUGCUGCUGCCGCCGCACAUGCUGCUCAAGCCGCGCGACGAGCGUCCCAGAGAUCGAACGGCCAUGACGGAGCCGACUCACCAAUCUCCCGCACCGGUACUCCCUCUAUGUACGCGCAUGGCCUAUCCCAGUUCAUGGUCGACGACCCUUACCAGACCGGCUUUGUCGCAACAGGGGAAGGCCGCGCGUCAUCUCCCACGAAUGGGGAUCGCAAAAUGGACGCGCCACAGACGCAUGAGCAACUUAUUGCGCACAACUCAAGCCUGAAGACGCGGGUCAGCGAACUCGAAGUGAUCAUUGAGCUUUUCCGAGGCCGUCUCAGCCAACUCGAGCAACAAGAAGCUGUCGUUAGAAGCGGACAGCAGUUAAACCAGUUGCGCUCUCAACUGGAGCAAACACAGGAGAGCGAGGCUCAGCUGCGCCGGCAGCUUGAGGAUAGCCACCGGCGAGAGAGUAGCCUCAAGCGACGCCUAGAUGAACUUGAACUCGAGCUUCAAGCUUUCCAAGAAGCCAACUCGGCCCCUGGAGAGAGACCCGCCAAGAGACCACGUACCAUUGAAGAGCCCACAAAGACACAAGCAGAAGCAGAUAUUGAGGCGGCUGCUGAAGCAUUGCUGGCUUCGGAAGCCUCUAGACCGAGCGAGGCUGUCGAAUCUGCCCCUGUCGUGGAUGCUCCUGAGCCAACUGAGUUGCCACAACAUCCUGAGAGUUCAAAAGAAGGUUCUGUUCCCAAAACCGAGGAUGAGAUCGAGGCUGCGGACGUUCCGAUUGAUCCUAACAUGCCCGUAAUUGAUGAUGUUUCCCAACCUGCGGCCACAGAAGAAACAACGAAAACGGAGGAUGUUGAGAUCCCUGACGCACCUGAUGCAUCUGAAGCACCUGGCGUGCCUGAAGCAGCUGAGGCAGCUGAUGCCGCUGCUACCGCCGACGCCUCUCCUGAGGCUACCGAGGGGACAGAAACUCCCGCGCCCGCUACUGCAGCUACAUGAGAAGAGUGAUGUUGUAAGCGUCUCCGACUAGUAACGAAAUGAACUUGAUAUCUGCGUCAGUCGCUUAAACUGACGCUUCAUUUGUCAUUGACCCAACGCUACUGUCAGAUUCAUUGCUCGGUGUCUUAGCAUCAAUUACGACUCAUCUUGAUUUAUACCCCCUGUGCGAGGCGUCUGUCGCCCUCGCUUUUCUUUCAUGAUAUACCUCCUAGCGGCAAGGGCAGCGAGGAUUCUAGGCGUUUUGGCCUCUUUGUUUCGAAGUGUAAGAGAUGAUUGAGGAGCAUACAAAUGUUUUAAUGGGACGAUGAAUGCGAAUGCGAAACUCGGUAUACGGAUACAGGGUACGAGGAUUCAGUCUUGGGAGUGUGGGGCUUCUCGGGUACAAGUGCAAGUGCAAGUGCAAGAGGAGACCGAGAAUAUGGUAGUUAUCAAAAGUUUGGCUGCUCUCGCAAUGGAAAAUAGACCCUGGCUUUGAUUCAUCACUUAU